GCUCGGUUAUCUGAGUUGGGCGUGGCUAUUUUGAUAUUCAUGCAAAAGGAAGGAAUUAAGGAAACUAAAAAUGGCAAACCGCAUGUUUUUUCUAGAGGAGAUGUGGCUCAGUGGGUUCUACCGAUG